CCAAAUAGCUAGCCAUCUUUCUUCUCUUCCUCUCAUUCUCUUUCUCUCUCUUCAUUUUUCUCUCUCCUCUUCUUCCUUAUAUCUCGCUUACUUCUGUAUAACCUUGUACAAUACGUAACAGAAAAUUAAAAAAAUUAGAGAGAGAAAAUAAAACUCCCCCAUUUUAUUUACUCAUUUUUCUAUCACAAAAAUAUAAGAAAAGAACAAAAAAAUGUCAGGAGGAAGAAGAAGAAACAAUAAUCUCCUCCUUUCUAUUACUCUCUCUCUCCUCUCCUUCUUUACCGUCGUUUCAAACGCUUCGUUUAAUCUCCCUACCAUCUCCUUCGACGACGGAUACACCCCUCUCUUCGCUGAUUUUAAUAUUAAAAAGUCCGAGGACGGCCGUAGUGCUAACCUCCACCUCAAUCGCUAUGCCGGGUCAGGAUUUAUUUCAUCACAAUAUUACGAUUAUGGAUUUUUUAGCUCAAGGAUUAAGCUGCCCGGUAAUUACACGGCUGGAGUCGUGGUGGCCUUCUACACGUCUAAUGGAGAUGUAUGGGAGAAGAAUCACGACGAGUUGGACAUCGAAUUCUUGGGAAACUUGAAGGGGAAGCCAUGGAGGUUUCAGACUAACAUGUACGGAAAUGGAAGCACAAGUAGAGGAAGAGAAGAGAGAUAUCGUUUAUGGUUUGAUCCUACUAAAGAAUUUCAUCAAUAUAGCAUUCUUUGGACCCGCAAAAACAUCAUAUUUUACGUAGACAACGUCCCAAUCAGAGAAAUAGUCCGCAAUGAAGCAAUGGGAUCAGACUACCCAUCUAAGCCAAUGUCCCUCUACGCCACCAUAUGGGACGCCUCGAGCUGGGCCACCGCGGGUGGUAGAUACAAGGUUAAGUACGAGUUUGAACCCUACGUGUCCGAGUUCACUGACUUUGUGCUAGACGGGUGUGCUGUAGACCCUAUUGAACAAGUAGCGGGCACAACAAGCUCCUCGGACUGUAACGCUAAGAAGGAAGAAAUCGAAAACAAGGAGUUUUCUCAAAUUACUCCUAGGGGACAAAAGGCCAUGAAGUGGUUUAGGGAGAAGUACAUGUACUACUCAUAUUGUUAUGACACGCUCCGAUACCCGGUCCCACCACCGGAGUGUGUGAUCGUGGCGUCCGAGCAAGAGAGGUUCAAGGAGACGGGAAGGCUCAAGUUCGGGUCUAUUCCUAAGAGGCAAAGGAGGAGGAGAGGUCGUGGAAGGAAGCAAAUUAACAAUGUUGAGUCUAAGGAAUUACAAGCUAAUAUGUAAGUUUGUGAUGUAAUAAUUGGUUUAUUGAUGUAAAUUAAGAAGAAAUUAGGUGAUGAGGGUGAUUGUGAGUGAAUAUAUAUAUAUAUAUAUGUGUGAUUUAUUCUUUUGGGGUUGUUUUGGGUUAAUAUAAAUGAUAAAGAGUUAAUUAUGUGGAAGCAUAGUACAUUUUACACAUAUAUAAACAUGAUUCUUUCUAUUCUUUUAUUA